GCAUUCUCAGGCUACGAAAAAGUAAAACGAAAACGAAGUGAGAGAAAGGAUGAAGGAAAGGGAUUACUUCCCAUUCAUUAGGAAAAUGUAGAAUUAUUGUAGUUGUAGAUUAGGUGCCGUUUGAGAAGCAGACAUCUGGGUUCAGCUUCACCUUCAUUUGUUUUUUUUGGGGGCCUGAGCUUCAACUUCAGUUGCUAAUUGCUUCUUCUCCAGUUUUCGGGGUCUCCUACUUUUCCAAUGCUCUCCUUCAAUUCAUUACCUAUCAGAGGAAUGUCUGCUUUACUUUCUCCCUUGAAUCAUAUUUCAAACAUUGAUUCAAGGCCACUUUUGAGCAAUGUGGUGGAUUUCACUCAUAAUCCUCCAAGCCCACAGAAAGUGCAUCAUCAAAUGUCUAUUGCGAAGACUAUAACUCCCAAAUUAGAUUUUAUUUGUUCAUGUCAAAGGGUUUGCCCUGUUGGGGAACUGGUUGUUGCUGCUGACAAUGGAGAGGCGUCUGAUGCUGGUGAGUACAAUCAGUCAAAAGUCAGUGUUGAUUCAUCUGAAAAGACAAUAUUGAACAAUGGGAACGGAGUUUUUGGUUGCAGCAACUCUGUAGAAACUCUGGAUAGCAAAAUGCUUAGGGAGAGAAUUCGACGGACCAAAAUAGGACUGGCCAACAAGGGCAAAGUGCCUUGGAACAAAGGAAGGAAACACACUGCAGAGACCAGGGAGCGAAUCAAGCAAAGAACACUGGAGGCAUUGAGAGACCCUAAGGUUAGAAACAAGAUGUCUGAACAUCCUCGCACUCAUAGUGAUCAAAGCAAGGCAAAAAUAAGUUCUUCACUGAGACGUGUUUGGCAAAAGCGUUUGAAAUCAAAGAGAUUGAAGGAGCAGUUUUACCUUUCAUGGGCAGAAAGCAUAGCAAAUGGGGCUCGGGAAGGAGGAAUUGACCAAGAAGAGCUAGAUUGGAAUAGCUAUGAUAAGAUAAAACAACAAUUGGAGCGCCAUCAGCUAUUAUGGGCUAAGCAAAAGGGAAAAGGAAAGCAGAUCGCUGUUGCCAGAGCAAAGAAAUUCAUGGAGUUAUGGGCUAUAAGCAUAGCCAAAGCAGCUAGAAGUGGAGGGAAAGGUGAGCGAGAAUUAGACUGGGAUAGCUAUGAAAAGAUAGAACAAGAAAUGGCUGUGCACCAUCAGCUUCAGCAAUCUGCUGAAAAGGCGAAGGCGAAGGAAAUGGCAAGGAUAAGAGCUGAUAGAGCAGCACAGAUAAAAGCAAUAAGAAAGGUGAUGCUUAUGCAAAAGAAAAGGGAGCACGAAGAGAGGGCCAAGGCCCCCUGGGAUAUUAAGACUCAACCACAUGGAAGAGCAAAGGAAGUCAAAGGUGACUUAGAGGUUCCUCUGGAUUUUAAAUUUGCCUCAAAACUAAAGUUUCGCAUAAGGGAGAACACUAGUGAUCAAGGGGAUGGGGAAGGAAAAGAUUUGAAUUCCAUUUUUCCAAACUCUAAGAAAUUGGAUCUGGAGCUUAUCAAGAAGGAAAAAAUGCGGAAAGAAGUUUCGCUUGCAGAUCAGAUCCAAGCUGCUAGGAGCAGGAAGGGCAAAAUUCAUUAAGGGGUCUUCUCCAUACUCUGAUUAUCCUGUUUAAGAGGUAAGAUACGUGUUUUAUUUUGUAUUUUGGAGAUGACAGUUAAUUGUUGGUGAGCAAGGGUGCGGAGAUUGCUAAGGCUUAACACUCAUGGAAAGAUUGUUUAAUUUGCCUUUGCAUAAGGAAGUUCACUGUUAAGGAGAGCGUUUUUAAAGUUUGAAUUUGCUCAGUUUUGGCUCGGUCAUUCUCAAAGGAAAAUGGAGAGUUCAGUCCCCCCCCCCCUCCCAUAUUUAUAUUAAGAUAGAUUGAAUGUUCUAUUUGCUAGAUAUGCAAUGAGAUAUGCGUGUAGAUAAAAUGCUAUUUAUUAUAACAAUUCAAGACUAUUCUACAA